CACCCUCGCCCCCUCCGGCACGGGAGGGACGUCGGCGUCCUCGCCUGCCUUACCACAGCAACCGCCAGAGCAGGCGGCGGACUCAGACAUGGUGGUCAUCUUGCCGUCCAUGCUGUGUGCGCUCGUUUGCGUCCUUGGACUCGCUCUCGCCUCCCGGUGCGCAUGCCGACGCCGACACUCCAGCCCCAGUUCCUCCUCCAACCCAUUCCCGAAGGGCCUCAAGAAGAAGGCCAUCGACGCGCUCCCCACCAUCUCCUUCGCCGCAACCGCUUCACUGCAGCCGGCAGCAACAGAGUGUGCGAUAUGCCUGGCUGAGUUCGUGGAGGGGGAGGUCGUGCGUGUUCUCCCGCGCUGCGGCCACACCUUCCAUGUUCUCUGCAUCCACGCUUGGCUCCGGACCUGCGCCACCUGCCCCUCUUGUCGCGCCUCCAUCGCUGCUGCUCCAGCCCCUGCACCUACGCUAGUGGUCGUAGUGGCAGGGAACAACAGGUGCGGGAGGUGCGGCAAGGCGGCCGCCCUGGCUGGUGGUGGAGAUAGCACGUUCUUGCCUUAAUCAGUUUAUCUUAUUCCUCUUUUGUUCUCUUUUCCACCGGUUUGCUAGUUAGGCUAUGGAAUUAAUUGAAUUUUUCUUAGUUAGUCGAGUAUUUACCAUCAGCUAGUAAUUAAUUACAUGAGUUGUACUUAGUUAAGUAGAGUAGUAGCAGUAUUGUUCUUGUGCUUCAUUUUCUUCAACUUCCUCUACUUUGUUUGGUAAAUGAGUCGUUGGAUGUCGACCCAGCUAGUUUAGUAGCUUUGUUGUAAAGUGCAUAAUAUACGAUACAACCACAUACGGUGAACUAAAGUGUGAACUACAUAUAGUUUUCUUUUCUGCGACAUCAAAUCUCUUCUUUGUAAUUACGCUUGAACAAAUUAUUGGGCAUAAAUAGAGUGCGACAAUAGCUUUUAAUAUGUUCUGUGUGAGUGGCAGCAAUAUAUUGUCGGUAUCAAUUUGUUUUGUUUUAACCUAAUCAUUGCAACAUGCAACAAAUUAAGUUUUUAGUCUCCAUCUGAAUCAAUUCCCCAUUGAUUGAAGCAAACGGACUAGGUACCGGCUCGACCGGUGGAGAUUAAACGAAGAAGUGCAAGGACAAAUCAUAGGGAAGAAUUAUUUCUGCAGGACACCAAUCCACUGGAUCAGAAGUCAGGAAUUCGCAGGAGUGGAACAUAACAAGCUCCGUAUUGACCAGACGACCGCAUACUAGGACUGCGAUGGAUCCGUAGGUCUUUUAAUGUCUACGACAUAGUCUCGACAUCAAGACAUACACACAUAAUGAGUAUAAAAAAAAUAACUUAAACUCUAAACUACGCAUUGUUGAAAAAAAACUCUAAACUCUAAACAAGGACAAAGCAAAUUUUUAUCCAUAGUGUUCCACAUCUUGAUGUUAGGAGGGCUCAUGGAGGCGGGAG